GCUUAUAUUUCACUAACAAAGAUAGACAAAAGCUUUUUGCAUUGCUUCAUUUUUGAAAUUUAGAACUUUCUUUUGUUUAUUCCUUUUGUCUUCUCCUACAAACUAAUAUUCUCAAAGGUUAUAUGAGUCUCUUUUCUUCACUAUUUCUUUCUUUUUUCUUUUGUGGGAAUGAGAUUAGUUACUUCUUAGAUACUCCUAUAUUUUUAUGCCUUAGGUACAUAGGUUGUAACUUGUAAAUGAAAAAGAAUGUUCCUUUACUUUAAAAAAUUGUUAACCUAGGAAUGUUUGUUAUAUUCACUUAUUUUCUUCUCUUUUGCUGUUUUUUUUGAAAAUUUGCAAGGUUUUUCCUCUCCAUCUAUGUAAUCUUGAUCAAUUUCAUGCAUGUUCAACUUGGGAAUAUUACAAAUUUCCUUUUUUUUCUUACCUUUUCUUGAUUUCCAAUAUUUUUUAUUUUUUUUGUGUUUGUAAAUUAGAAGUUUGUCUUGCUCUCUAAACUUUAUUCUUGACUUCCAAGUGAGGACAAUAAAAAGGCAACAAUUCUUAAAAGUAUGAAGAUUUGGAGGUUUUUCUUCUUCUAUAUUUGCUUUCUUUUUAGUAGCAUUACUUAAUUUUUAUCAAGAAAAUUUUAUUACUUAAUUUUUAUCAAGAAAAAUUUAGCAGUAUAUUAGUUGUAUGUACUAUCAACACUACAUGUUCUAUGUUUUCUUCAUCCCCACUUGCCCUCUCUGAAUUGUAAUGAUUUCCCCUACUUUCCCUACCAUACAAAGGAAAUGGACAGACUCAACUCAAAGCUAUACUUGCAAAAUGUGUACAUAAUGGCUGAAAAUGAGAGGCUAAGGAAAAAAGCUGAACUUCUGAAUCAAGAAAAUCAACAACUUUUGAAUGAACUUAAGCAUAGGCUUUCAAAAGCAAAUGGUGCUGGUUCUAGUGGAGGAAAAAAUAACAACAAUAUUCCUGAUCUUAAUCUCACCAAUUGUUCUUCCUCCAAAUCUGCUUCAAAAUCCAGCAAAAAAUAAAAAUAAAAAAAAUAAAAAAAAAUUAUCAUGGGGUCCAACCUAGUCAUUGAACUACUAGUAUUUAGGUUUUUUUUGGGGGGUGUUAAAUAUUAAAUAUUAGUAGUAUUAUAGUAGUAGUCAAAUAGUUGGAAUUUAUGAAUGUUGGUCUUUUGCAGUUUUAGUUAAUAUGUAGUAGUAGAAUAGGUAGGAGGAGGAAGGAAUAUAUGUUUUUCUGUUUACAUCUUUUGUUAUUUUUUUUU